AUGACGGGCUCCGUUCACUCAAAACCUGGGUCUUUCGACAUCAAACGGGAUGUCGAGUACGAAGAGGUUGCUCCUGUGCAAGAUGAGAUCCUCGAGCGCUAUCCGCUCAUCAAGGACAAGACUCCAGAAGAGCGAGCAGCCAUUGAGAAAUCUCUGGUUCGCAAGCUCGACUGGAAGUUUCUCCCCAUGGUCACAGCCAUGCUGUUAAUGAACUAUCUUGAUCGAAUCAACGUCUCCAACGCUCGACUCGCCGGCAUGCAAGAAGAUCUUCACAUGACAGAUACAAUCUGGUCUCUCGGCAUCUCCAUGUUCUACGUGGGCUACAUUCUCUCUCAGAUCCCCGCCAACGUCAUCCUAGCCAAGGGAACACCCCGAAUCCUUCUCCCUAGCUGCAUGCUCGUUUGGUCUUGCGUGACUAUCUGUAUGCCUGCUGUUUCUGCAGGAUGGGGCUUUUGUCUCUGCCGGUUCCUCAUUGGCUUCACUGAAGGACCAUUUGUACCUGCUGUAUCCCUCAUGACUUCUUCUUGGUACACAAAGCACGAGUCGCCAAUGAGGAUGGGUAUCUGGCAUGCGGGAAAUACCAUCUCGCAGGCCCUUUCAGGACUUUUGGCUGCUGGUAUUUUGACCAACAUGGAGGGUGUUGCCAACCUUCGAGCUUGGAAAUGGUUCUUGCUCCUGGAAGGCGCUGUCAGUAUCUUGGUGGCUCUCGUGAGUUUCUGGUUCAUCCCCAACUUCCCUGACUCGACGGGUACAUACUUCAUCACCGAAGAAGAGGCGGCUAUGGCUCAAUAUCGUCAGACUGUGUCCGCUGGUGGCAUUGCUGAAGAUGAUGCUGGUGGCUACUGGGAUGGUUUCUGGAUGUGUAUGAAGGAGCCAUUUGCCCAUCUCUUUGCGGCUAUCCACUUCUUCUUGAUCAUCGCACAGUCUUACAAGGACUUCUUCCCCUCCAUUGUCGCUACCCUCGGAUUCUCCGGUACCACCACCUACCUCAUUCAGGCUCCUCCUCCUAUCAUCGCCUUCCUUGUGAUGAUGGGCGUCUCGUGGUCUUCUGGUCGACGACUGGAACACGGAUAUCACAUAAUUGUCCCUAUCCUUCUUACCCUGAUCGGCUGCGCUGUCAUGAUUACCACCCUCAACGUUGGCGCCCGGUACUUCUGUAUGAUCCUGCUCGUCGUUGGUCCAUUCGUCGGUCUUAACCUCCAAAUCUCUUGGGAGACAACUGUUGUCCCUCGUCCCCGCACAAAGCGUGCUGCCCUCAUCGCUUACGCCAACUGCGUGUCGUCUGUUUCCCACUGGUUUACACCAUACUUCUUCCUCCGCAACCAGGAGCCUUACUAUCAGACUGGAGGCGGUGCUAUCAUUACAGGCUGUGGUCUCACUGUGGUUUUCGUUCUCAUCACAAAAUGGUACGUGGCUAAGAAGAACAAGGACCUGAAAGCCGCGGAGGAUGCAGCUGGUGAGCCCGAGGGAUGGAGAUUUGCUGGCUAG